UAGUAGAAAAUACGUAGUUUUGAAGUAAAAAGGAAAAGGAACAACCCGUUAGGAUGUGAGCCAUGAUCACUGACGGGUAUUUUUCUCACGUGGUUACUAUGUGCUCUCCCCACCCACGUGCCGCUCGCCUGUCCAGCACCUGCUGCGUGUCCAGGUGGUCCCAGAGCUCAAUUUCAUCUGGUUCUGUUCUUCCAGCAGCCCAGCGAGGCAGGCACUGUUAUCCCCGCUCAACAGAGAAGGAAGCUAAGCGGUUGUGGCUUUGCCUUGGGCUUCCUGAGCACACCGAUGGCAUGGAGACCCACCAAGGGUUGUGUGGGGGGCGGUCACUUGGAUCCCCGAGACGUGGGUGCUUUGAUGAGUGAGUCCCUUUCUUGCUCCAGGUGGCCCUGUGCACCCAGGUGGCCCUGGGCAUGGAGCACCUGUCCAACAACCGCUUUGUGCACAAGGACCUGGCCGCUCGGAACUGCCUGGUCAGCGCCCAGAGACAGGUGAAGGUGUCGGCCCUGGGGCUCAGCAAGGACGUGUACAACAGUGAGUACUACCACUUCCGCCAGGCGUGGGUGCCUCUGCGCUGGAUGUCCCCCGAGGCCAUCCUGGAGGGCGACUUCUCCACCAAGUCUGAUGUCUGGGCCUUUGGUGUGCUGAUGUGGGAAGUGUUCACCCAUGGAGAGAUGCCCCAUGGCGGGCAGGCCGACGACGAGGUGCUAGCAGACUUGCAGGCUGGGAAGACCAGACUCCCACAGCCUGAGGGCUGCCCUUCCAAGCUCUACCGGCUGAUGCAGCGCUGCUGGGCCCUCAGCCCCAAGGACAGGCCCUCCUUCAGCGAGAUUGCCAACACCCUGGGAGACAGCCCCGCAGACAGCAAGCCAUGAGGAGGGAGCCCAGGCAGGCUGUGCCUCAGGCUGGCGUGGGCACGGGAGGACCUCCUGACAGGUGCCUGCAGCAUGAUGGGCAAGAUCCCUGUCCUCCUCGGCCCUCCGGGCCCCACCCUGGCCCCACAGGCACUGCUGAGGUUUGGGCUGGGCCUGCGAUUCCCUCCUCUCUCUUACCCUCAGCCCUUGGGGGGGUUGACUCGGACCCGGACUGGUGACUAGGACCUUGGGCUGGGCAGCUUUUUCUGCCACCCCUCCCCCCAUCAGGGGCAGUGUAGGUGCCUCAGGUAACACCAAUUUCUGGCCUAGGUCUCCGCCCCUUGGCCAGGUGCAGUUCCGCCCCUCACCUGCUAACUUUGCCCAGGGCAGGCGAGGCUGCAGAUGAGCCGGGUUGGAGGGGCGUUCCUUAAUAUACUCAAAUUCCUGGGUAGUGCUGGCCCACGGGGCAGAAUAUUUUAUCACCUCGGGGUCUGCGCCAGAAUCGGGGAGGACACAGCCAGUGCGUCCUCCCCACAUGGACUUGUGCACGCUGACCCUGACCUGUGUCUCCUCCCCACCCUUCUCUCCUUUCCUCAUCCUAAGUGCCUGGCAGAUGAAGGAGUUUCAGGAGCUUUUGACAUUAUAUAACCCGCCCUUUUUGUAUGCACCACGGGCGGCUUUUGUAUGUACCGUACUCGCAGCGUAGGGUGGGUGGGCAUGGGAGGGAGGGGUGCGCCUUGGAGGAGAUGGGGACGGGGACCACCCCUGCCUCACACUUUUAUUGUUGUUGUGUGUUUGUUGUUGUUUUUUUACACUCACUGUUCUCAAUAAAGAAGCCUUUUUUACAACCUG